UCAUGAAUGAUAUUGUCGGAACUCGCAGUCGGAGGUUUAGGUGUAGUCGUCAGUCGUGUACAAAAUUUCAUAAACCCUCUUCACCUCUCAAAAACUGCAAGACAAAGAAAAAAAAAGCAAGAAUGUCAUUUAGAAGAAUACUCAGUCAUCAUCGCUCAUCUCUUUCUCUCCUUCUCCAUUGUCGUAAUCAAAGUUCUGAUCUUCAUCCUCGCCUCUCUCUCUUAGCCCCUUCCUCCUCCACUCCGCCGACCUUCCCUUCUACUCACUUUCUCUAUCAAUGCCGUCGGAGUUUUGCCAAAGGACGCAAGUCUAAGGCUGAUGAUGAUGUAAACACAUCUCAAGUUGUUGAAGAUAUUGGACCUGUUGUAAAGUCAACUGCUAUUUCACAGAUGGAGGCAGCGCUAGAAGCAUUAUCCAGAGACCUAACUAAGUUAAGAACAGGAAGAGCAUCUACAGGAAUGCUUGACCACAUCAUUGUCGAAACAAGUGGUGUAAAGAUGAAUCUGAAUCGACUUGCCCUUGUUACCAUCAUUGACUCAAAAACUCUAUCAAUAACUCCUUAUGACCCACAAACCAUUAAAGAAUUGGAGAAAGCCAUUGUUUCGUCUCCAUUAGGCUUAAAUCCGAAACCAGACGGUGAACGAUUAAUAGCUGUUAUUCCUCCGUUAACUAAGGAGCACAUUCAGGCCAUGUGUAAGGUUGUUUCCAAAUCAAGUGAAGAAGUCAAGCAAAGUGUUAGAAGAGCUCGCCAAAAGGCAUUGGAUACGAUAAAGAAAGCCGGUUAUCCUAAAGAUAGUGCAAAAAGAUUGGAGAAGGAAAUUGAUGAGCUGACAAAGAAGUUUGUCAAGUCUGCUGAGGACAUUUGCAAAGCUAAGGAGAAGGAGAUCUCUUCGGGUUAAUAUGCAUCGUUCUUCUUUUGUGCAAUCUUUACUACCACCCGGGACUUUAUAGGUAGCGGUUAAAUUGGAUUAUACUGCUUUUUGAGGAUGCAGAUUCUGCAACACUUAUAUAUUGUGGACAAUAAUAUCAUUCCAUUUUCCCAAUGUCAUACAGCGACUCCCACCUAGGUGAAAGGGUUGGAUGUACGCAACGUGCCCUUGUUAGUGAUAACACUAACAAAGAAGUUGUUUCCAAUUGAGUUGAUCAUGCUUUUCUUGGAAUGCUUUUUCAAUUUUCAAUUUAUCAUGAAUAUGAUUGGCGUUCAA